UAUACGCAAACAAAAAAAAUCUUUGUCCUUGAUUUACGUUGGUAUCGUUUUGUUGUCCUUCUCUCCCACACUUUUUCCUUACUUGUCUUCCUCCACCGAUCUAUCUCUUCAAUUUCCCAAUUCCCUUCUCAUUCAUGGUUUCAUCGUAGCUCAUCAAUCACCUCUUCAUAAUCAAAACAAAAUGCACGCUUUCAAAGAUAAAGUCACACAGAAGCUUUCCGAUCUCUUUCCCACUAAUUCUCCCACCUCCUUCUCCUCCUCCUCCCAGGCUAGCCACCAUCCCAAAGAGGGUAAAUCUUUGUCUUCAUAUUUAUCUUACAUUAUCCCGUCAGGAUCAAACACAGACAAGCAUCAAUAUGAUAAAAAAGCUACUCAAUCAUCAUCUUCUUCUGGAUAUAAUUAUGAGGAUUUUGACUAUCAGGAUGUUCCACCAGAUGCAUAUGUCGAUUGCAAUCCAACAAGUAACAGUAUUGAUUUAACUAAAGAUGAAAUUGUAAAUGAAGACCAUACCUCUAUAAGGAGUAGUAGCAGUUCCGAUGUUUUCGAAGAAGCAAAUGGUCAGCAAUCCCCAAAUGCUUCAAAGAAGUCUCUGAGAAAUCUUUCAGAUGACUCUACUUUCAUAUCUCCUGAGUUGUAUGAAUUUUUUGAAUCAUGCCUCCCUAAUAUAGUAAAAGGAUGUCAAUGGGUCUUACUUUAUAGUACGUUGAAACAUGGAAUAUCACUUCGUACACUUAUUCGCAAGAGUGCUGAACUUUCCGGUCCUGCAUUGCUGAUUGUUGGAGAUAGGCAAGGUGCUGUGUUUGGCGGGCUGCUAGAUUGCCCCUUGAAACCUACACCAAAGAGAAAAUAUCAAGGGACAAACCAAACUUUUGUCUUUACAACUGUAUACGGUCAGCCAAGGCUGUUUCGACCUACUGGGGCCAACCGGUACUACUACAUGUGUUUGAAUGACUUACUUGGACUUGGUGGUGGCGGUAAUUUUGCUUUAUGCUUAGAUGGAGAUUUGUUAACUGGAACUAGUGGACCUUGUGAUACAUUUGGAAACCAAUGUCUAGCUCAUAGUCCAGAGUUUGAGUUGAAGAAUAUUGAGUUGUGGGGUUUUACACAUGCUCUGCCAGGCUAAGACACCUUUAUUUGGGUCUCAAAAAGAAGCUCUAUCUUGUUUUUAUUUCUACUCUUCAAAUGUAGUUUAGCUUCAAGAGGGUGACCAUUUACAUCUGUGUGAUCGAUCAAUUUGAUAUACUACCAAACAAAUGUGUCCCAUGCUCUUGUCAGUAGAUUGUAUGCUUAAAAUUCAAUUUUUCAAAAUUUGGAUAUGUGGAAGUUAGAUGCAUGGUUGCAACACAAGACUGUUGUAUAGUAGAGAAUAUAUAAGGUGAGUGUGAAGCAGUGUCACCACUCACUAGCAAUGUUACCAAAAUGGAUGUUUAUAAUUCAGUGGGUACAAUGUUAUAGGCGUAUAGCCACAGGUAACAUUAGACGCAUCUCGAGAUUAUAAUUUAAUUGGCAGCAGAAAUUCAUGACUAAAUAUUGAUCAGAUUAUACUUAUUCAGUUA